GCUUGAGGCGUUUGAUGUAAUAUGAAGAUAACAGUGGCACAGCGUGCUUACACAGAUAAAAUGAGACAUACUCACAUCCAACCCUUUUCACAGAAACACACCAUCAGCACAGUUCCUCUUCAACCUGCAAAACCUUAUUUUACUAAUACCUUCAACGGAUUAUGUUGUAACAGUGCAGGAAGUGAUUCAUUUUAGACAUGAAAAUGUAGUUAUACUUCAAAGUACUUUAUCACUUUUUUGUUUCAACUUUAUGUACAGCAAGUGGGUAAAACUUCUAAAGCAUUUAGCUGUAUGAAUUUGCCCCAUGUACUCUACCCACCGUGGCAGGAGAACUAUUUGUCAGCAGAAUUUCUUCUCACAGCCUACUCUUAUCAAUAAGACACAUGUGAUUACUAAGCUAAAAUGGUAUGUGAAAACAUAUGGUGUUUUGGAGCUGCUUGGUUACUGUGGAGGAUAAAUAGCUCCUGACCCCAACCAGGAUCUUUUCGUGAAAAAAGAGCGGGGUUCCCAUGCCUUAUAAAGGCAUGGGCAGGCUUAUUCCAGCGCUCAAGAAGGGGCGGUAGCGGGUUCGUGCUGCUGAGUUUUUUCCAGCAGCGGUCGCAGGCGAAUGAAGAAGUUGAGCUGAAACUGCGAACACUUCAUCCCGGCACAGCGGCAAAACUCAGUCAAGGGAGGAGGAAGCAGGUGAAAUUAAAAAAAAAAAAAAAACAAAACCGAAAUCCACUUGGUCAUGGGAAAAUCAGCUUCCAAACAAUUUGCUGAAGAAGUCUUGAAAGCACACAAUGACUACAGGAAGAAACAUGGAGUCCCUCCUUUAAAACUCUGCAAGAAGUUAAACAGAGGAGCCCAACUGUAUGCAGAAGAACUGGCUACCACGAGGGUCCUCAAGCACAGCUCCGAGUCUGCUAAUGGGAAAUGUGGAGAAAACCUAGCAUGGGCAUCCUAUGACCAAUCAGGAAAAGAUGUGGCUGACAGAUGGUACAGUGAAAUAAAAAAUUACAGCUUUCAAAACCCAGGGUUUUCUUCUGGGACAGGUCACUUCACAGCCAUGGUUUGGAAGAACACAAAAAAGAUGGGAGUUGGAAAAGCAUCUGCUAGUGAUGGCUCAACGUUUGUGGUGGCUAGAUAUGAUCCAGCGGGAAAUGUAGUAAACCCAGGCUAUUAUGAAGAAAAUGUUCUUCCUCCAAGAAAAUAACUUUUUUUUUUCUUAAGGUAGUCUUAAUGCUUAAUGACAAAUGAACCUGGAUUUGGACCUAACAGUGUUUGAAACGAAGCACGAUUCAAUGAAAUUUCCUGUUUGAUACUGCUGUUCACUUCUCAUUGUGGAGGAAGCAAUUACAUCUUGCUGAAGUCAAUCUGCACAUUAGGCCCCUGUUGCUUCUGAGGGGUCCUCAGUUUAUUUGAGGAUGAACUAUAUGCAGCAUUUCUGAAGGGUAAAAUGGGUAAGAUUUAUUUUAAUCGUUUGCAUGAGCUCUGUGUCAGCAUGUGAGUAAGCACAUGUUGAACGUCUUUUUUUUUUUUUAAAGCACAAAACUUUAUAGCUUUCUGUAAACUGAAGAUACCAGCUUGUAAUUAUAUUAUGUACUCCCAGUUGUCCAGUACUUUUUAAUAACUGUACCUUUGUUGCUCUGUCGCUACCUCCUGCUGUUGUGGGACCUCCUCGCUGCAAAUGGAACAUAUGCAAAACUUCCUGUAUGAAAGGUACAUGUGUAAAAUGUAGUGGCAUUCAGACCUGUGUGUUUUUAUUAAGAGGAUCUCACAGAACACUAAAAGGCUGCUGGCAAAACUGUGUCCAUCAAGCAAGCCAUAACUAAUGCAUGAUCUGAAAAAAACACCUAAAAUUGUUUAAAUCCUAUUUUAGGUGCUAAUAUAUAAAAUAUGUUUGAGAUGAAUGUAUUUCAAGUUCAAAGUGCAUCCUACAGUUUACAGUAUGUACCUUGUAUUAUAAUCAAAUUAUUUACUUCUGUUACAGAAAAAUAAGAUUCUACUUUUUGAUAUUUAUGCACAAAAAUGUUUCUUCGGUGGUGCACUUUGGAUUUUAUUUCUCAGUAACUUAUUUUUUUUUCUAAGGAAUACCUUUUAAAGGUGGUGUGCUAUACAGACAGUAACAUUCCCAAAUCAUCUCGUCUCCUUUAAUAAUGUAACGGUAGGGAUAUUCACAUUGUCAUAAUUAAGAGAUGUUUGCUCUUUAUUCAUAUUAUUCAAUAAUAGUAAUAUUUCACAUGCUGGAUUGAUGUCUUGAAAACAAUGAAGAUUUAAAUUCCUUAAGAACAAGCCAAGAAAAAUUUUGAGGGCACUCUUUUCUCUGAAACGUGGAUUGGGCCAUUUUGUACAGGUUCAUAUACUGUGCUUCAAUUUGGGGUUUUGUUUUCUUUGUAAACGUGUCUUUUGACUUUUGCUGAGAUUCUGUAUGCCAUAAUUUGGUUUAUGAACAGUGCCAUUACAGAAAAACUUCUUUUUGUUUACACAAUUGUAAUAAACUGCACUCUUAUGGCUUGAUUAUAUGUCACUGUGAUGCUGUUUGUUACAAUUUUUUGCUGUAACCAAGAAUUUGACACGUACCAUGAACAACUGAAAAAUAAAUAUUUUUGAAUAUGAACUCAA